AUGAGCUCGAGUCUUCUGCUCCGUUGCUCUGGCGGUGCAGGCGCCGCGAGGAGACAUCGUUGGCGACCCCUAGUCUCGUGCUACUUUCGCUCGUUUCAUACUUCGCCAUCGGCCUGGAACUCGACAAGUCCUCGAGCCGAUGUGGACACUAAGAGCACUAUCAAGCAUACAGAGACUGAUGCUGGGAAGCCUUACUCUGAAUUGAGUGUUGGAGUGCCUGUCGAGACAUUCCCAAACGAGCGUCGCGUUGCGAUCACCCCUCAGAAUGUGAAGGUCCUGAUAAAGAAGGGCUUUUCUCAAAUUUUGGUAGAGAAGAACGCGGGUGCCCAAGCUCAGUUUCCGGAUGAGCAGUACAAGGCGGCUGGUGCUACGCUUGUGGAUAGAGAACAUCUGUACGGAGCCUCCGACAUUUUGCUGAAAGUGAGACCGCCGGCACUGGGUGAAGAAGCGGAGAAAGUGAAGGAGGGAAGCACAAUUAUUUCAUUCUUAUAUCCAAACCAGAACAAGGCGAUUGUAGAGGCUCUAGCUUCUCGGAAAGCCAAUGCCUUCGCGAUGGAGUUGAUACCCCGUAUAUCUCGUGCCCAAGUUUUCGACGCAUUGAGCUCAAUGGCUAAUAUCGCAGGCUACAAAGCAGUAUUAGAGGCGGCAAAUCACUUUGGACGAUUUCUUACUGGUCAAGUGACCGCGGCUGGGCGUAUGGGUGCUAUUGUGCGAGGAUUUGAUACUCGUGCUGCGGCUAAAGAACAGGUGCAGUCACUUGGAGCCGAAUUCCUAGAAGUGAACAUCCAGGAAUCUGGAGAAGGUGGCGGAGGAUACGCCAAGGUGAUGUCCAAGGAGUUUAUCGAGGCCGAAAUGGCACUCUUCUUAGAACAGUGCAAAGAUGUGGACAUCGCUCUUAUUCCCGGUCGUCCCGCUCCCAAGCUCAUAACUACGGAGAUGGUUGCGGCAAUGAAGCAAGGCUCCGUGAUUGUGGACUUGGCCGCAGAAACUGGAGGUAAUUGCUCGUUGACGCGGCCUGGAGAGCUAUACGUGCAUGAUGGCGUCACAAUCAUUGGUUACACUGACCUGCCUUCGCGGCUCCCAACACAGUCGUCUACACUCUAUUCGAACAACAUCACCAAAUUCUUGCUCUCAAUUGGUGACGACGGCACCUUUGGCAUCGAUCUACAGGACGAAGUUGUGCGUGGAUCGAUUGUCCUCCACCAAGGAACUCUCCUGCCGCCGGCUCCUCGUCCAGUACCUCCAGUGGUUUCUGCACCGUCCCCUGACAAGGCCGCUGAAGUCGCCGAGACCAAGGCUAUUACACCCUGGCAAAAGGCCACUAGGGAGAUUGCGACCAUCACUGCAGGCAUGGGCACGGCUAUUACCUUGGGCAAGCUAGCGGGACCCGCCUUUAUGAGCCAAUUCUUUACAUUUGGACUGGCUUCUUUAAUUGGUUACCGUGUCGUAUGGGGCGUGGCGCCAGCAUUACAUUCGCCUCUAAUGUCCGUAACGAAUGCCAUCUCAGGUAUGGUUGGUGUUGGUGGCCUCUUCGUAAUGGGUGGUGGUUAUCUUCCCGGCACUGUACCCCAAGUUCUGGGCGCAGCAUCGGUCUUACUUGCCAGCGUCAAUGUUGCCGGCGGAUUCGUAAUUACCAAACGUAUGUUGGACAUGUUCAAACGUAAAACCGAUCCGCCAGAAUAUGCUUGGCUCUAUGGAGUUCCGGCCAUCCUCUUUGCCGGAGGAUUUUUGACGGCAGCGAGUACUGGAAUGUCUGGACUUGUACAGGCUGGAUACCUUACUAGUAGUGUUCUCUGUAUCAGUUCGCUUUCGGGACUUGCAUCGCAGGCCACCGCUCGUCAGGGAAACAUCCUCGGUAUGCUAGGUGUUAGUUCGGGUAUCUUAGCCUCGCUGGCUGCUGUCGGAUUCUCUCCAGAGCUUCUAGUACAGUUUGCGGCAGUGUCUGCAAUAGGCGGAUCCGUUGGUACCGUGAUUGGGCGGCGCAUAACCGCGAUCGAGCUACCUCAGAUGGUAGCCGCAUUGCAUUCGGUAGUUGGGCUCGCUGCGGUUCUCACGAGUAUAGCGAGCGUGCUUGCGGAUGUCGGACACGCCUCCACUCUUCAUCUGGUCACUGCUUAUUUGGGAGUGCUUAUUGGUGGCGUCACUUUUACCGGAUCAAUUGUUGCGUUUUUGAAGCUGGCAGGUCGCAUGUCCUCAAGGCCACUUAUGUUUCCUGGGCGACAUAUUUUGAACAGCUCUCUUUUGGGUGCCAAUAUUGUGUCCAUGGGUGCAUUUGUGACCAUGGCACCAUCAGUUCCAAUGAUCGCCGCAGGGUUCCUUGGAGCAAAUACGAUUUUGUCUUUCAUCAAGGGCUUCACAACUACCGCUGCUAUUGGGGGAGCUGAUAUGCCUGUUGUUAUUACGGUACUCAACGCAUACUCCGGCUUCGCUCUCGUAGCUGAAGGUUUCAUGUUGGACAAUUCGUUGCUGACGACUAUCGGCGCACUUAUCGGCGUGAGCGGCUCCAUUCUGUCGUACAUCAUGUGUGUUGCAAUGAACAGAACCCUCACGAAUGUCUUGUUCGGUGGAAUUGGAUCGUCAGCAGUACAGUCUGACUAUAAGAUCGAAGGGGUAAUCUCAAAGACAUCAGUCGAUGAAACUGUAGAUGCACUGGCCAAUGCAGAGAACGUCAUCUUGGUUGUGGGCUACGGUAUGGCGGUGGCGAAGGCACAAUAUGCCAUUUCGGACGUCGUCUCAAUGCUGAGAUCGAAGGGCAUUAAAGUUCGCUUUGCUAUCCACCCGGUUGCGGGAAGAAUGCCUGGUCAGUGUAAUGUGCUACUCGCGGAAGCAUCCGUACCAUAUGACAGUACGCCACUGGUUUUUGCUCAUUGA